AUGUCUUGGUCUUUUAAUAAUAGUAAUAAUAAUAGUAAUAAUAAUAAUUAUAAUAAUAAUGGAGAUAAUAAUAACAAUAAUAAUAAUGGUCUUUUCAAUUUUUUAAAUUAUGGCACAGAGAAUUUUUUUAAUGAGGACCUGCACAACAUAGAUCUCAAUUAUACCAGUAAUAAUAUAGAUUAUAUGGAUAACAAUAUAGAUAAUAAUUCAGAUAAUAAUAUAGACAAUUAUAUAAAUGAAAAUAUAGCUUUUAUAGAUAAUGGUAAAAUAGAAACAACCACUUCAACUACGACAACUUUAACUCCAUCUAAUAACAUCGGUGAUAAUAGCUUAGACUCAAUAUUAAAAGAUAUUCCAGAUAAUCAACUAGAUGAGGAUCAAAAUAAUAAAAUUCGUAUGAUUAAAAAUGAAAUUUUAUCAUUAACAAAUAGCUUUAAAAUAAAUAACGGUCACAAUGACAAUGUCACAAAUUUUAAUAAUAAUAAUAGUUUUGUAAAUAGUUCAAAUUAUAAUAUAGAUAAUAAUAAUGUAAAUAAUAAUAAUAAUAAUAAUAAUAUUGUAAAUAAUAUAAAAGCCCCAAAUGUUGGGGAAAACGAUAGCUUUGGUUCAAUAUUGAGAGAAGUAUCAGAUGAAAACUUAAGCGAAGAACAAACCCAAAUGAUCAAAAUGAUUAAAAAUGAAAUUUUAUCAUUAACAAAUAGUAUUAAAGAAAACAACGAUACCAAUUCAAAUAACUACAAUGAUGAUUUAACAAAAGAUCAAAUUUAUCAUUUAAAAAGUAUCAUUAAAUCUACUCCAAAAAUUCCAGAGAAUGAAUGGGCAUUGGUUAAUCAGACUUGGUUUAGUGAAUGGGAAAAAGGAAUAUUCAGUAAAGAUGAAUUGGGUCCAAUCGAUAACUAUCCACUUUUAGACAUUACAUCCGAUGACGAUCCACUAUUAAGAUGUGAUAUUAAAGAGUAUUUAGAUUUUACAGUUGUUCCAAUUGAUAUUUGGAAUAUUUUUAAAAAAAUAUAUGGCGGAUCACCAGAUAUUAUCAGAAAAGUAACCGACAAAGGUGAUAUAGAUCUUAAAAUACCAAUAACAUUAUUCUUUAUAAAAUCAUCAGAUAUCAACUAUUGUCAAUAUAUUACGAAAACUCAUGUAUUUCAGUAUGAAACCUUUUUCUCUUUAAAAAAAAGAAUAUGCAAAUUAUUUAAUUUACCAUUUGGUGAUGUAGAUUUAUUUAAUUUUGAUGGUGGUACAGCAACACAAGAACUCUAUUUAUUUUUAACACCAAGAUCAGUAAAACUAUAUAAUAAUCAAAUGAUUUUAGUUAAAGAAAAGAAACACCCAAUAGAAUCAGAUACCCCAACAACUACAACAAGUACCUCUAAUAUUGAUUUUAAUUAUUUUUCAAAAAUUACCCCUAUUGAAGAUAGUGGUCCCGAAAAUCAGCAAACACCAAUAAAGCCUGCAAUAACAACUACAACAACCACAACAACUACAACAACCUCAACAAACACAGAAAACAAAGCAUGGAAAAAAUAUGAAAAAAGAAAUGUGGAUUUAAAUUUUAUUUAUUGUCCACACUAUACAGAUCCAUUUAGUUUAUCUUUUUUAUAUUAUUCAUUCCUUACAAGUAGUUUUAAUUAUGAUUCAAAUACUAUUUUAAAAAGUGAAGAGUAUAUUCAAUUUGUUAAAACACAAGAAGACUAUAACUCAACUCUUAAUCAAAUUCAAUCAUUUUCAUUUGGUAAUGAAACAAGUGAAAAUAAAGAAACCAAUAGUAGUAGUGACCUCAACACGCCCAGCAGCACUAGUAGUUUUAGUAGUAACGAACCCAGCACACCCAGUAGUGAUAGUACAUAUUUUCAUGGUUUUGAUUUAGAAACAAUCCCCGAAAAAGUUAAACAAAGACCCCCUGUUUGUAAAACACAAUAG